AUGCCCCCUCGCAUGCAACAUUUCGCUCGUUACUCUAUUUUGACUCAGAAUAACGUCGACGACUCGCCGGUUCCUCUCUCAAGCUCCACCACCGAUAUCUACCAGCGCUGGGACGAGGCACUUGAGGAAUAUCGCCGAUCCAUAGGGAUAGAUCUGCGGGAUCGGAGUCUAGCAUUCGUGCGCGAUGUGGAGGAAUGCGAUACCGUUGAUGGGAUACUUGGGGUGCUGCAAAAGGCCUCGCGUUCACCGAGCGAUGAACGGCAUGGACGCAAAGCGUCGCCAGCGUUGAGAGAGUGUCUGAGGCGCUUUGUACGCGGAAUGAUCAGAUUGCUUGAGGCGACCGCAGAAACAGUGUCGUCACCGGAGCGUUCAAGGCGCAAGCGGCGCGGACUAUCACUUACACACGCGAGGAUUCUUCCUGGAGGCAGAUGCAUAUUCUCCGCCGCCGUCGUGCUGUUAAUGGCUGCUUAUGAUGGUGGAUGGGCGGACGGCGAGCUGUGCAAUUCCUUCGACCUCUUAAUUUCACUUGUCGAGCGGACACAGGCGUGGUCGCCCGAUCGGGAUGGUGCUCGAAGGGCCGUGGAUGCGCUCAAUGAAACGCUAAAGCUUUUGAUGCACGUUACGCGGCCCUCACGGGAUGGCCUCUUACGUGACUUUCGUACUCCUUGGGAGAUGGCAGCGUUGACGGUGGUGGAAGUCAUCACAGUCACUGCGAGCCGUCUCGAGCCCAUGACAGCCUCGAUUCAGCACACUAUUAUGGAUCAAGUGUCCACGCAAGUUCGCAGUGUCCGCAGUGUCCGCAGAGUUCAACACUGGUCAAGUCCGGUUGUCGAAGGCCUGAUGCAUACCGUCUUGGCCACUUUCGGAGCAAGUUCGCGUUUCAAUUCUUUAGGCGAAGCACUGCAGGGCACAGCCAAAUACAUACCCGGCUAUCUUCUAUCCCAAAUAGCCGAGGAUAAGCGGCCUAGGAGAAACAUCGACCUUGAAUCUCGGAUCAUCGUGGAGGAUCUCACGAAAAGUUCAUGGAGGCAGGUGUCCCAUGAAUUGCAGGUCAUCGAUAGUGCAGAUACCGCCAUCGACGAGCCUCCUGGAUACGAUGUCACGGAUAACGCAACGUACGCCCAUUCCGAGGCCGACCACACGACCGAGGAUCCUUGGCUCGGCUCGAAAUGGGAAGGUUGGGGGCACAUGGAUGAUAAGGCGCCGCAAUCUGACUCCGAUUCCGCCUACUGGGAACUACCUAUCUACGACGAGCGAGUCUCACCCAGCCUCCUACCGAGAUAUGUUGGAGACCCUAUUGCGGUCGUAUACAAAACUUCAGGGUCUGUGACCAUCUGGUUAUGCGAUCAAAUGACGUACUAUGGGCAAAUACGUUACGCAAUCUCUACUCAAGAAGACGAACAUUUCGAACAUGUACGCUCGAGACUCAUCGCCGAGUGGCUGUACGUCGGAGCAACCCUUGUGGCGAUUGCAGCGAUCGACACCGCCGUCUACGGCUUUUCUCGAACCGGAACUAUAUCUCCCAUUGGACAAGUAGCGUCGCAAUGCCUGGUCCUGUCCGCGACAUCGGCCGCGUGCGGUAUAACCGUCAACUCCAUCCUUUUGAUACGGUAUCUCAGCGCCAACGCGCGGGGUUUCAAGGUCCGCGCCCGCGAUAGAUACUUUGGCUACCUAUUAUUCGCGCUAUUCUCUCGACUUCCGCUCUUGUUCGUGUCAUUCUCUGGCUUCACUCUCGCAUUGCUUUUGCUGAUCACGGCUCAUGCUUCCCCUGAUUGGCGGGCAACGGUCGUGGUCAUGAGCGCGAUAUGCGUAGCCAUACCUGUUCUCGUCACGCUACAGCACGUAUUUUGGGUACUGGCUUCCCUGUCCAUUCUUGUUUGCAAGAUCAUAAUGAUCGUGGCUCGAUCUUUCCAUGGAAUCUGGGUACAUAUACGCAAGGGGACGUUGAAGUUUGUGACCGUUCUAAUGGACUAA